AUGCAGCCACGCCGUUUAGCCUCACGUGUACUUGCUCUAUCGACCAUAACGGCACCUCCAAGUGCCAUCACAACCGCAAUAAUCGCAACGGUACCUGGCACAACUUCGUACGUGUUCCGACGUGGCAAUCCACCGGCUCCUGCCUCGCACAAGCGAGGCGAGGCAACCGAUGAACGCAACGACAAGCCCCAAAGGCCUGGCUACCUCAACGCGUUUGGUGACGAAGUCACUUCGAGCGGCUGCAAGUGCUUGGACAUUCCAGUGAAGACCGUUGUGGUUAGUAAAACUUCAACGGCAACGUCUGCAGCUACUGUGAGUGAAGCUAUCGCUGGCCCUGUAUUCACCCUGGACGCUCCAACAGAGCACGACAAUGACUACAACGACACCCCUGUCAAAAGUCAGAACUACAAGCACAAGGGCGAUCUCUGGUCCCACCACAACACUAUACCCAUGCGCAACACCACUCCUAACACUCGUCCCUAUACUACCUUACGGCAAUGCCGUCUCUUCUACAGACCUUGA